UUUUCUCUCUUGUUCCAGAUCAUUCACCUCACAGAAGCUGCCGAUACACCGCCCACUGAACUGCAUCCACCCAGCCCACCUUCACCCCAGCCACCCACACAACCAUCCACUCAUAUCUGUCUAGUCACCCACCUACCACGCCCAUCUUUCUAGUCAAUUGGCGGCCCACCCAGACGCCCAAACCGAUACCCAGACACCCACACACCUGCUACAUACUCUCAUACCUGCAAGAAACUCACACAUCUGCCAGAUAGACACCCACACACCCGCCCAUUACGGACCGACAACAGAUAACAGUACGGCAGACUCCUCACUGUUCAUCAGCGCCGGACGCCUCAGUCACCUCAGCCUGGAACACACGACGGACCUGAUGUUCUUCCUGUGAUGUUAGAAAUUAUAGGUGGAAGACCUCCUGGGAGCCAAUCGUCGCUCUAGUGCCAGAGGAACCACAAUUCUUCAGUUCCUCUUCUCCUCCUGCAGUGACCAAUAUGCUGGCUGUAGUACUGUAGAAAAGAACACUUCGAACCGCCUCUGGAACACCACCUGGAAACCGAAACCGUAACGUGUUAUCAUAGAAGUGUUCGUGAAACCGCAAGCCUCACGCUCCUCUUCUCCUCCCACCAGUGGUCAACACAGUGUUUAUGAUACAGGAGAGAAAAAAAUACACACCAGACACCUCGCCUCUUCUGGCAGACCUCCUGGAACCUGUCAUCUUGCCGGUGUCAGAGAAGCCACGAGACUCAUUCUUCUCUCCUCCGUCCACUGGUCAACACAUUGCUUGUGUUACUAAUAAAAAAAAAGGAGCCAGACGCCUCGUUCAUGAAUAGCCAAGGUUAUCGGGGUUCCUCAGCCGACAGAAAAACCCGUCGUCGUCGUCGCUGCGUCGUUCACUCCAGACGUCCAGUUCUUUGAUGUAGACGCGAGGCUGGAGAUAGCGGCGUGAUAGCGUCGUGGAUCGUCCUCAAGGUGGACACCUGUCAUCACCUAACGUCAUCCAGCGGACACGAUAAUUGGCCCGUGUCGUAGAGUACAUCAGGAGGAGGCUAGAGCAAGGGAACAACAGUUCUACCCACUUUUAAAUAUCAAGAACUCGAGUGUCAUUUGUCAAGAAAUAAGUUAUAAGAUUUUUCUAGAAUUUUGAAGCUUAUCUUUGGUAGGGAACUUAAGACUUCCUAAUCCUAGCAACUGAUGACUUCUUAAUAAACUGCAACAAGACAGAAACGUAGAGGAUAAUCAUAACACACAGUCUUGUAUAUAAUUUUUUACUCUUUACUUAGCGUAGAAAUCGAGAGGAAUCGUCGAAAAUAAGACAUUCAUCGUGAAAGUAAAGAAAGCGUGUCAGAAUCGACAACAUUGUGCUACAAGAGUUACUGUCAGUUCCUAGAAGUCUGCUUUAUCAACCUCCGGAGGCAACAACAACCUUCCCUGGCUGGCACCUCUGAUAGGGAGAGGGAGCCAACCAGCCUCCCUUCUUAACUGUUCCCAGACCUCCCUCGCUCCUCUCACAGUCUUCCUCACCUAGAUUCCCUCCAACAAUAACCUCCCUCACACGAUCUCCAUCUCCCUCAGUUCCAAUACCUACAUCCCCCUCCUUACCUCACUUUCUCCCUCACUACCUCUUACACCUCUCCGUCAGCCAUUACAGCAGUGAGCUUGGGUGUCCAGGGGAGGAUGAGGAUGGUGGGGCGCGGCACCCCUAGAGGCUCCCCCGCCCAGCAGUAGCUCCUCCCCGCCGCCCCUCCCUCAUCCUCACUCAUCCUCGUCACAGUAUGUCCAGCUCCCACUCGUCGGGGUCCUCGGGGGGGCGGGUUUCGGGGGCGUGGCCGCACCCGGUGACCGCUGGAGCCGCCCUCACACCCAAGAACCUGUUGAGACAUCACAAGUUGCCCACUGCCGCCCACCUCCACACUCCCACGGCACCCCCAGGCCUUGACCUUUCACGCCCCCUUCUCCUGUACACCAGUUACAACUCUACGAAGGUGAGGGGCGUGUCACUGCGGCCGGGGAGGGAGGGAGGCCUCACACCUGUGGGUCCUGCCAUCGUUAUCCCGGAGUCUUACACAGGAUGGUUCGCCAUAGUGACGAGUGACGGCCACACAGCGCCCUUUUUCUCCACGGUGGAACAGGUCGCUACUAGCCAGGUCUCAUUCUUCCUCACCCGCUACGACGUGCCGGCCUACACCAACCUGCACGACGAGAAUGGACGCGUGACGUAUCAGAAGACUGUGGUUCAGAGCGGCCACGUCCUCAAGCUGUUGGGGAUCUUCGAGGACCUCAACGCCAAGAAGACCAACAGCGGAGGCAGAGGUCGAGACGCCAUGUCCGUCUUCAACUGUAAUAAAUAUGCUCAAUGUCUCAACUACAGGAACGAGGUUGUGUUCUUGCCGUUCUCAGCGUCUGGUCGGUUCUACACGACGGCCCACAAGACGAGUAAGAACCCCAACCACGUGUACCUCAUGGCCCACAUCCUGAAGAACCACAAACUACCCCUCACUGUCCGCCUCGUGUGUGGCUACAUGCCUCGUGUUCCCUGUAGCUUUACUGGUGUGCUACGUCUGGAACAGUCUCAGAAGGAGGCGGUCAUCCUGGCCUGCACCAUGACCAACGAGGCUCAGGCCACGCUGUUUGAGAUCGACGUGUCGUCCAACUUCGUGUUGACGCCGGUGAAGGACCCGGUGUUCCCCAAGACGCCCAUCUUCCUCAAGACCGUCUCCUACUGCGAGGACGAGGCCGACGCCUGGAGGAGGCAGAUCAAGGUGACUCACCAUGUGACGGAGAAGAGAUCAAAGUCUCUGUGUCGGACCGUCAGUGAGCAGCCACGGCCCGUCAGCUUCGCUCUCCUGACCGACCAUGACAGGAAGAAGGUCAGAGGCCGCGAUAAGUCGAGGGAUCGUCUGGCUGGCCUCCGCAUUGGUGACAGAAGUCGAGAAAAGAGCAAGGAGAACAUUCUGCGUAACAGGAGUAGAGACAGACUUCUGGUGGACAGAAAUAAAGAUUGGUUUCUGGACAGAAACAAGGAGAAGCAUUUGGAUAAGACAAAAGAUAAACUAGAGGACAACGGUAAAGACAGGUUACAAGGGAAGUCUUCCAAUAAGCUGAGUGAGAAAGGUCAGCAGGACCAGAGGAAGCUGUCGAAGCAGAACACCUACAUCUUCCAGAACGGGCGGAGCACCAAGGUCCAGGAGAAGAAACAGGAGGCGGACGCUAUCAGUCGACUCAAUAAGUCGAUAGAGAACCUAGACUACUCGAGGGUAGUGGACGACAUCAGCCCGGUGCAGGAGGACGAGGAUGGCGAGGAACACUACGCCGAGAUAUGCGAGUAUUUCAUGAACAAGAACGGCGUCUCGAGCAAGAAAGACAAUAAUAAACGUGAGAAAAGAAAAUCUACAGGUGAUAGAGACCAUAAUGUUCAUGAUCCUCAGUGUAGUGACCAUGACAACAACCUCAGCUUCACCCUCCUUAAAAAAGACAUCGGGGGUUACUAUGUGAAGAUCCCGGGGUUUGAGGUGCCGAGAGCUGACUUUGAACCCGGUACGAACAGUGACCCGAACAGGAGUUACGAUUCUCUGUGUUAGACAAGUCUUAGUAUUAUUCUUUUAUAUAAGUAUUUCACGUCUGUUUCACUGGUUUGCUUCAAUUAUAUCUCGUAGUGUAAGAUAUUUACGACUGAGUUAAGAGAGAAUCUGUCAGUGUGUAGUGAUGAAUUAUCUGGACGUGAGAAAACUAUUAAACUCAACUCAUGAGCUUAAACACUAAACGGGGCUUAAGAGUUACACAGUCAAGCUCCAGGUUCAGUUAUCCAAAAUGAUGGGAAUUUAUAAUGCACAUUUCAUUAAAUCAACAUUAUAGAAAAUAUAUAUACGUCAAGGUUGAAGUGUUGUACAGUGCCUUCACAAGCUCAGUGAUCCAACAGUACAAGUGAUCGAUCGUGAUAAUUCACCAGUCAAGAAAAUAUAUUUAUAAAACAAACAUUAACACAUGAAUUACUUAGAGGAAAACUUCAAUGCUCAAAUGUGUCUUUCUAACUUAGUGUUAUUUGUUGCUGCAAUGUCUCUUUAUGUAUUUGUUAAUGAUGAAGUGUAAACAAAGAGUAAACACAAGUUAGUACAACAGGUGAAGACUCAGGCAGGUGUUGAACAUUAAAACAUCAUCACCUACACCUGCCUGUCAGACAACGGAGUGAGGCUGAAGAAACCAUUAUAUUAAGAGGUGACUCAUCGAAAGGACUCCUGUCUAAUAAGCCCUAACCUGACCAUUAUUGACAUCGGGGUCCACUUCCUAAUGGGCCUAAAUUCUAAUGGUUUAACUUAAGUUUCAUUACAGCUAGGACCAACUAGAUCUACAAGUGAUUAAUCUGAUUUAUUUGUAUUCAUUAUGACUUCCCAAUAAAGUCAAGUGUUGCGUCUUUAUUAAACCUGGGCUCACAUAGUCGAGUAUCACCUUCAAGUAUUAUCUUAGUCAUUCAUACAAUCUCCCUUGUUCCACUGUUUGUAUAUUUCAUCAAUGUUUAUUUUCUUGAUUUGUUAUUCUGUCUGUGUGUUGUUUGACUAUACAGUAUAAUUGACCAAUAUUUUGUUUUCCCGAAGGAUAUAAUACAUUAAAUAAUGGAUUCUGAACUGUUUAUAAUAUCUAGUCAGUUUUGGGUUUAUUCUUUGACAUAAAAAUAAAACGCAUCAGGAUUCUGUAUAAUUGUACGAGUGUUACGUAUAAAUGAACCAUAAACCAUAUUGACGGAAAGUAUUACAGGUUAAUGCGCUGAUAACUGAUGACUUUAUGUGGAAGAAUAUAACUAAUGGGCUAAUAAGAGAGAAAACAUACAGGUGGAUUACUACAAUAUCUUGUGUUAACUCAUAUACUCACUGGCACUUCAGGAAUCUAAGAUACUGAUUGGUUGAAGGUUUUCGCGCCUUAUACGAGUUUAACUGAGACAAACUUUAUAUCAAGAAGACGAGGGUCAUCGCAUUUAUACCCGAUACUGUACUGUACAUGGUAUCGGAUCCUCUAUAGUGAUGAAACAGAAGCAUUUAUACCUUACACUUGGUAUUAGGUUCUAAGCAAUACAAAGACGCCCUGCACUUAUAACUUUUGAUACAUGGCAUUAGAUUUCCAUGCAAAAAUCACAUUCUAGCACUAUAUAUUAUUAGCACUAUAUAUUAUUAAACACUAUACAAGGAACAGAAUUCAAUCAAACAUAAGUAAACAGACCCCGGCAUUUAUACAAACAAAAUCUAAUCCCCGGUAUCUAUACUUACUGUAUUGAACCCUACACAAAGAGGAUACCAGAGCAUUUAUCGGAACACUGAGUGAUAUUCACAUGUCUUCAGUAUAGUGUUAACUGUAAUUAAAGACUGUAUGUUAUGUAAUGCGUGAGUACUUGUACGUAUGAUACAGUAUGGCAGCUUCUAUUGUUGUAUUUGGUGUAUAAGGAAACAUACCAGUGUAUUCUUGUGGCCAUUUUGUAUACAUUAAGGCAUUUAUGAGUGUUGUAAGAGACAUAUCAGUGUGUAAAUUAAACUUAAUACUGAAUAAUAUACA